GGUCACAGAGCGUAGCUGCACAAACUACUUCUUAAACUCUUGCUUCCAGUUAAACUCUUUGCCACGUCGACUGGCGACGCAGAAUCCCCAUUUCAAGAGGCUCACAUUCAGCGAAAUGUAACGGUGCUUUUGCCGGUCGAAUUUGCUUUGGACCAGUGGAUGAACAUUUAACAAGAAACAUCAGAUUUUCAUCAUUCCAGAGUUUUGAUUUUAAUUAAUGGUAUGUGAACAGCUGAUCUGUUUGCAGAGAAAGAUCAAAGGCUCUGGAGAAACCAUGCCGCUUAAAUAUUUGUUGGGAUGAAGUGGUGCUGCUCUCGUCGAGAGAUGGACCAACUUUCGUCUGUCCUGUUGCUGUCAUCAACAGUGGCCUUCCUCGGUGGACUGACUUUUGGGUAUGAAUUGGGAAUCAUCUCUGGUGCUUUACUGCAACUCCAGGAGGUCUUCAGCCUUAGUUGUUUGCAGCAAGAAAUCCUGGUCAGCGCCCUUCUCUUUGGAGCUCUCUUUGCCUCAUUGGUUGGAGGGAUAAUGAUUGAUCACUAUGGACGGAGAAACUCAAUCAUUCUGAGCGUGGGAUUGGUGUGCAUUGGAAGCAUUAUCCUAUUACUGUCCUCUUCAUUCACACUGCUAGUGAGUGGUCGGAUAGCCAUUGGAUUUGCCUUAUCCAUUUCUUCUACUGCGUGUUGUAUAUUUGUUUCUGAGAUGGUCUGGCCCCAUCAAAGAGGGAUGUUGGUGUCACUUUAUGAGGUAGGCAUUACAGUUGGCAUCUUGAGUGCCUAUGCACUAAAUUACCUUUGGUCAGAUGUACGGAAUGGAUGGAAGUACAUGUUUGGCUUGGCCAUUGGCCCGGCAGUUCUGCAGGGAAUCUGCAUCCUCUUCCUUCCCUCAAGCUAUCAGAAGGUCGAAAGCCAAGUUGACGAUUCACAGAAAAUUCUGUUGCAGCUACACAACGGGGAGCACGACAGUCCUGACUCAGAGGAUGUUAGUUCGACUCAGGCAUCCCAGCGCCAGUACCGAUUCCUUGAUUUGUUUCGGGCCAGAGACAACAUGAGGGCCCGAUUGCUGGUGGCACUGGGUCUAGUGCUCUCUCAGCAGUUGACAGGACAACCCAAUGUGCUAUACUAUGCUUCAACCAUUUUUAAAUCGGUGGGAUUUCAGAGUAAUGAUUCAGCGGUCCUGGCUUCUGUAGGAUUGGGAAUAGUAAAGGUCAUUACGACGUUGGUAGCCAUGGUAUGCGCUGACAAAGUUGGGAGGCGAACACUACUCCUUGGUGGCUGCUUAGUAAUGUCCAUUUCAGUCACUGUGAUUGCAUUCACCAGCCAGACCAUUACAAUGGAACUGCACAAGACUUGCAGAAUCAAAACUCAGGCCAAUGAAUCAGACUACCUGGUAAACUCCAGUGGAACUGUCUCCAAGCCAAUUAUUUGGAAAACAAAUCUAACAUUCACCAAUGAGAGGUUUCUGAACAUGAGUCAUAAUUCAUCCUUAUCUGUCCAGGACAAACAACAUUUAACACUUGAUGUGCAGAAGGGUAACACUCUGGUCAGUGAGCAGACAAUUCAAUUUCCCAGUGUUAUGGGCUUACUGAGUACUCCAAGCAAUUUGGAUAAAGGACUCCAUUCAAGGAAAACAAGGAAUCAUGACAUACAAAUGCCCAAAAACUCUCUUCAAACCUCCAAACAUUUGGCUUUAAAUUGGAUUACACUGCUUAGCAUGAUGGCCUUUGUCAGUGCUUAUUCAAUUGGAUUUGGUCCAAUGACUUGGUUGGUUCUGAGUGAGAUAUUCCCCACUGGAAUAAGAGGUCGAGCAUUUGCAUUCUCAACUAGCUUCAACUGGGCGGCGAACCUAAUCGUCACAGUGACGUUCCUGGAUGUUAUUGAUACCAUUGGACUCUCUGGGACAUUCCUGUUCUAUGGAUUGGUGGGAUUUGCUUCAGUUGCUUUUAUAAGUAUUUGCCUUCCUGAGACAAAGGGACAAUCGCUGGAAGAAAUUGACAGACUGUUCUCUGCUAGAAGAUUUUCAGAAUUGAGGUGCUGCUACCUGAGUUCUGGCAGAAGAGGAGCAUCUAUGUGUCGUUAUCACCGAGCUGGCAGUUUGCUCUUUUAGACUUCAGAGCUCACAAUAUUAGUUUACAGAUUAAAGUGUGGUAAAGCCAACUCAAACAACUCUUUGAGAUGGAAUGCUGGAGCUGGAUUUCAGCUGAGGGUGUUUGCUGUGAUGCAGGGAGCAGCUCCUACGGGGUGGGAGGGGUGGCGGGCAGUUGUAAGGUGAGGAAACCUUAACGGCUGGGAUUCCUGAAUGUUCUGCAGCAUGUAACAGCAGGGCUGCAGUCCACUGGUGCCAUGAUUGACAGCUUGGAGGCCUUUCAGGUGAGAAGCUUGCUUCAUAAGGGGGGGGGGGGGGGGUCCAAGGAGGAGGUUUGUUCCAGAGGAGUGGGUGGUGAAUGGCAAGUACAGAAGGGGCAUGGGAGGGGUUUCAGUAGUGGGAGGGAUUCCACUGCAGGCUUGUGUUCAAAGGGAUAAAGUUGGUGAUGGUCGUGGUAUCUGAUGGUGGUCAAAUGGGAACGGAAGGAAGUCAGAGGUCUGGUGGUGGUCAAGAGUUGGGCUGUAUGGGUGGAGUGUUAGAUCCAAAUAAGUCCAGGGUCUCUGAUGAUGGCCCAGGAAUGAGAGGGGAUACUGCCGGAUUGGCUGGGGUGGUAUCAGGGGGAGUUCAGUGGUGGGAGAUGACAUAUCGAGGGGUCUGUAUGUUUACUGGGUAAGAUUUAGAGCAUAGAGUAACUGCUCUGUUCCUUCUGCCCUCUAAGAAAUGUUAUAAAGGCACCUACCUCAUGGAUUCAGCCCUUUUUACCUCCUUUCAGCUGCCAGGUUUCCUAGGUCCUGGAAAACCCAGCUACUUGUGGUCAAUGUCAAAUGAGUGUCAAAAGAAGGCAGUUUGCCUCAUGAUAUUUUAAUGACCUGCUGGCUUCCCGUGCAAGGAUUGGCUACCUAUUUCUCAUUUCAUCUCCAUUUAAAUAGCAAGUGGGCAGGUUUGAUCUGGGUUUGCUGCCUGUUUCAGAUUUGUUCCGACCUAAUCCCAGCCUCACUUGUUUUGGGAGUUAAGAUUCAGCUCUUCACUGAAGCGAACACCUCAGUCCUGGAAGCACGUGCAGAACCUUGAGAGUUUUCACUCCAACUGUCUUCACAUUCUAGUGCUUCCAGGAUUUUCAAUCAGGCACAUGGUACAUUGACACAUGGCUGGAUUGUGCUUUGAUUUGUUCAGAGAGUAGCAAAGAGAAUAGCAAGUAUUUAACAGAAUAGGUGAAAAGUGGAAGGGAGUCACCUUCCUGAGGAUGAGUAUUUCUUUACUGAAAAAUCAGGAGCACAUGCACUGGUUUAGCAUUGUUGCUUUUUUGUUCUAUGUUUUUUCUCUGUCACAGGUAGGUCAAGCAAAACCACUAAAUGAGAUUAAAUAAAUCUUUUCUCAGAAGUUGCUAGAGUCUUAUAUUUUUUAAUGUUUAGUAGGAUCUAAGAUAGGAUCUAAUUUAACUUGUAUAUCCAGGGACCAUUGUCUUUGCUUCUUUCACUGUUGUGAUAGCUGGAAGUUACAUUUGGAUCAAUUUCUGUUUUUUGUUUGUACAAUGCUCCUUUUUAAAUGAUCUUAACCUGCAGCAUUGUCCAAUCUACACACAUCUUCUAGGCUUUUCCCAAGGUCACUAUGAAUGAAGUGCGAACAAGUAGCGUGAGUUGAUUGUCACUGGUUUGGUCUCCCUUCCUAUUAGGAAGCAUGUGGCCUCCACUUCUGGUGCCAUGUGACAGGCAGGCCUUACUCAGAGCUCCUGCUGUGAGCAGUGAUGGUUGUGAGUCUUUACCUCGGUACCCUGGCACAGUGUGUUGGUCCUGCAGUCUAUGUAUGGUAUGUGCCCAGGUCCCAGAAACUGGGUUAUAAAUUUGCUCAUAAAUUGUGAAACAAGAAAAAUAUUAACAAGCAAUAUUUACUGAAUCCUGUGGUUAUUGAACAGGACAAGAAAGAGAUAUGAACUUGGACCCUUUUUUUGUCCUUUUACCACCACGCUGGUAUACCUGAUGUGAAGUACUGUAAAAAUUAUUGAAUGUUCUGUUAUCAUGGCUUUUAUUUGGGCCAUUACCUGUUGAUUGUACAUGUUCAUACCAUUGUGAACAAACAAAUGUAAACCAGAUCCAGGUGGGGUUAUUUUGCUACUGGUAAUGCAUUUUGGUAAAUUUUACUACUUUAAAGCAAUGUUCAAUGGCUAAUUACAAUGAUUUGUAUCUAGCGUGAUUUCACAUUAGAAUUAUUUUAUAAAAUUUGUUUCUCUGAUGGCAGAGGUUUGUGAUGUUUGGGUUACAUAUUUAUGAUUUCUGUUUAGGAGCAAGGAUUUCACUGUGAUUGUUUCUACCCAGGUGAGAUAUUGGUAAUCAAAGGCUAGAAGGGAAAAGAUUAAUCUAUAUCAGCCGAAUCUAUCGAAGGUUUAUACAUUUGUUCCAUUUACAGGGCGGUAGAGUGGUGCAGUUAAGUAGAGCUACUGCCUCAUGGAACCAGUAAUCUGGUUUCAAUCCUGACCCCAUGUACUGUCUGUGUGGAGCUUGAAUGUCCUCCCUGUGACCAUAUGGGUUUCCUCUGGGUGCUCUGGUUUCUCCCCUGAAGACAUACCAGUUGGUAGGAUAAUUGACUACUCUAAAUUGCCUCUUGUGUGCAGGUGAGUGGUAGAAUUGGGGGGAGUUGAUGGGAAUGUGAGGAGAAUAGGUUACAUGGAAAAUAAGGAGCAAAUGGGAUUGCUUUAUGAGCCAGCAUAGACCUGGUGGGCUGACUGGGCUCCUUCCCUGUCCUAAGGAGAUGUGGAAAAGAAUGGAAAUGAACAAACAGGACUUGUACAUUCUGCCCAAAUGAUGGGAGGAAAAGCAAACAUACAACAGGGAUGGACCUUGCCAAUCCUGGAUGUCCAGAAUUUCUGCCUGCAAUCCCCUCACAUCUGCACAUCUCUGUGUCAGAUGCAGAGGGCUGACUUAGCUGACCCUACUCACCCUUAAUCUGGGCCUCAGGGUGGAGGCACUCUCCCUGCAACUAAGUUGAGGGCAGAGCAUUGUAACUUUCAGAAACAUUUGAAGACACUUAAAUUUGAAGUAAAUAAAUAAAAAGUAUUAAAAUGGUUAAAAUAAAUAAAGUUAAUUCAAAACAAAUAAAGCAUUUUGAAAUAAUUAUGAACAUGAAAUUAAAGCAAAAUGAUUUAGAAAACCUUCCCCUUUGCCUCAAAGUCACUAUUGAAAUAGGUGCAGUUUUAGACUCCACUCCAUGUCAAGUUAAGUCGAGUUUAUGGUUGUGUGAGAUACAGGUACAGUGAAAAACUUGUAGCAGCAUCACAAGCACUUAGGUUCAGACAACACACAAAACAUAAAUUAUACAUAAAUUGUACAAGUUAGUGCAGAGAAAGGAAAAAAACUGUGCAAAACAAAACAUUAGUGCAAAAAAAAAACCCAUAAUCAGAGACAAUAGUAGUGCAAGAGGUGGUCCGUAGUGUUCCAUUGCUGAGGUAGGGUUGAGGUUGUGCAGAUUGGUUCAAGAAGCUGAUGGUCGUAGGAAAGUAGCUGUUCCUGAACCCUGUGGUGUUUAACUUCAGGCUUCUUUACCUCCUGCCUGAUGGUAGCAGCGAAACGAGGGCAUAACCCAUGUGUCUGAUUGGCAUAGAAUUUGAAAGGUGAUGGCCCCAUGAGAGGAGAUUUCCAGCAAGUCUGGGCUGUGCUGUUAGAUUCUACGGCAAGACCAGCGAUGAAGUAUAGUGACAGAUUUGGCCCUCAGAAUCUAUGAGUAAAUCUGUGACUCGUAAUGCGUGUGCGCAAGCCUGGGACCUAAUUUUGUUUGAUCAACUGAAUCCUGGCAAUUAAACUCAGGACUGCCAGCAGCAGCCAGCAAGCCUUGGCUCAAUGCAAACAUAUCAGCAUCUGAGAGAAGGCUCGGUGAGUGCUCUGGGUGUAAUCUUUGAAUAAAAGCCAGAGUUCUCUUGAGGAACUAGAGGGGAAAUUUUAACUGAUCACUUCAGGUCCUGGUCAAUCUACUGACCCUUUUUCAAAAUUAUUAUUUCAGCUUUUCUUUAUGCAUGUUUUUUCUUUUCAGUUGAUAAAUACAGGGAUCAGAACACAUCCUUUGCAACUCAGAUCUGUUAGCAAGAGAUGUGUUUCAAUUUCCUCUAAUAAAUUGACAGAUAUCACCCAAUACCUGUGUUGACACUGGACAUCAAUUAACACUGAACAUCAGGCAUUCUGGAACCUGUGUCUAACUGCCGACAGUCAGAUACAGGUUCCAGAAUGCCUGAUGUCCAGUGUUAAUUUUAAUCCUAAACUGGUGCGAUUUAGAUUUGCCUUCAUUCUUACCAAAAAAACUCCCAGGGACUUGCAUUCCAGUGCAGAGGGCUGAGCCGUGCACACCAUCCGCUCACAGCAGUGGAACAAUUUUACAGUUCUGUAGGUGCAACUUACAAGCUGCUAAGGAUCAAUGUACAGAAGUGAGACUGCUUUAUAAAAAUUAAAAAUUAGAAUAGCUUGAGUGAAAUCUGGCACGGCCCACCACUACAUUUUUAAAAUGCAUCGUGUCCUGUCUGACAGAUGGUACCUCCAUUAGUUUCAGAUUAUGUUUAAUUGGAACAUCUGUUCAAAGCAGUUGGCUGCAUAUUUUCAAUGAUUUCUUAUGGGUGGUCUCCUUAUGGAGGAGGUGACGGGGAGUUGGGGGGAGGGUGUGAGGAGACA